AACUGCUUGUUUCUCUUCCUUCUUGUUCUUCUUCUCAUCCCUUCGAACCCCAUCAUCUCACACUCCGAGGUUCUCCCUGAAUUCAUGGGCUAGCUAUCAGCUAUCCUUUAGGAAGCAUUUUAGAGGUCUUGCUGGGACGUGGAGCUUUCACGUGAGCAAGAUAUUAAAGAGUCAAGAGUUCACUGAGGAGUGCUCGGUUCACGUGGUCAGAGAGGGUGAAACAUUGUCUUCAAUAUCAAAGCAGUAUGGGAUACCUAUCCACCCGAUUGUGACGUUGAACAAAAGUAUUGUAGACCAUGAACUAGUUUAUGAAGGGCAGGUCUUAAAGAUUCCUCUAUCCAAGAGAUAUGCUGAAAAGACGGAGAAGAAGAAAUUACUCAAAAAGUUUGAUAUACCACAAAAGCACAGGAACGCAUCAAAGAUGCUGGAUGCCUUCUCACGGCAAAAGAGUUUCACUGUGUUGAUAUCCCAUCAAUUACCAUAUGCUAAAACCACUGGUUAUUUUCUAGUUCUGGUCCCUCUUAUAGCGUUUUGCAUCAGAUGCAUAACUAGUGUCCUCUGCACUAGAGUUGCUGGUUAUUUGAGGAGGGAAGAUAAUAUAGAGCCAAAGCAACACCAUCAGGUCCCUAAAAGUAAGAGAUGGAAAUCUGCCCUACUUGAUGCCAAAGAGCUAGACGUUUCAGAUCCUGAGUCUAAAUCAGACAUUGGUACUUUUGUGCAGUGUCCAUCAGAGGAUCAAGCUCAGAGUUCUUCUGGGGAUACUUUCCAGGCAUAUGGAAAACUUGAAGAGGACUAUCAGAAAUUCCUGUCAGAAUGUGGGAUAAGUAAUUCAGGGUACUGGCGAGGAGGUUUGGAUGAACGAAGCACUGGAAUUCAAUAAGGGCUUGCCAAUUGUUAAUGACUAUAUGUGUGGAUGUGUGCGUGCAACUUCCAUCGUACAUUAUAGUGUUAACGUAUUCAUCCUUCAUAUCUGGAUGUUCAUGCACUUGCAAUCUUUCCAUAUCAUUUACCUCUGUCCUGGUUACAGACACAAUUUGAUAUGCUAGCAUUUGUUGCACCGUCUUCUAUUA